CAGCGCGUCGGCGGCGGAGCGGAGCGGGUUCCUGCGUCAACAGUGCUUGGACGGAACCGGCUGCGCUCGGGCCCGCCACCCCCCCCCUUACCCUCUCCGUCACCACAGCCUACACAGUCACCGCAACACUCACCAGAGCACCUCAGCCAUGGCAGCGCCCCCUUCUCAGGUGCGCCAGAACUACCACCAGGACUGCGAGGCCGCCGUUAACCGCCAGAUCAACCUGGAGCUUUACGCGUCCUACGUGUACCUCAGCAUGUCCUACUAUUUUGACCGGGAUGAUGUGGCCCUGAAAAACUUUGCCAAGUACUUCCUGCAUCAGUCCCACGAGGAGCGGGAGCAUGCUGAGAAGCUGAUGAAGCUGCAGAACCAGAGGGGCGGGCGAAUCUUCCUUCAGGACAUCAAGAAGCCAGACCGUGAUGACUGGGAGAAUGGCCUGACUGCCAUGGAGUGUGCCCUGCACCUGGAGAAAAACGUGAACCAGUCACUGCUAGAGCUGCACAAAUUGGCAACCGAAAAGAACGACCCACACCUGUGUGACUUCAUCGAGACCCAUUACCUGGAUGAGCAGGUGAAAGCCAUCAAGGAGCUGGGUGACCAUGUGACCAACCUGCGGAAGAUGGGGGCCCCCAAGUACGGCAUGGCAGAGUAUCUGUUCGACAAGCACACCCUCGGGGACUGUGACAGCUGAAGCCUUGCUAAGAGCCACGCUGUGGGCUUCAGUGGGACUCCUACUUACUGUCCAGCCGUGCAUGCAGCUUCAGCUACCUAGAUAAACAGUUCCAUUCUCUGUACCAAAUAUCCCCCCCUCUCUUUGUGUUUUAUGUACUGCCCUCCAGCUAAUAAAGUGACUUGGUUCCA